AUGGGGGCCCCGGUCUGGAUGCAAGGCCGGGCCCCACCCCGGUACAUGACCACGACGCUCCACGAGCCCAUGGGCAUGGCGGUCUGCCGGGGUGAGCUGCUCAUCGCGGACUACAGGAAUGCCAGAAUACGGGCCUACAACCUGGAAACGGGCAUUAUCACCACGAAAGUUGGCUCUGUGGUGGGCUACUCCGGAGAUGGUGGUGCGCCCUCUCAAGCCAAGCUCAAUGGCCCAACGGGCGUGGCUUGCGACUCUCUGCGAGGCUAUUGGAUUGCUGACACCGGGAACUCGGCCAUCAGGGGCGUGCUGGUGGUGCCCGGGCAGUCCGACGUCAUCUCCACUGUGAUUGGGGGCCUUGGCCAGGGGCUGGCCCCGGCCGGCACGUGGACGACUGCUGCGCAGCUGAGACGGCCCAUGCAGAUCGCGAUGUCGAACACGGAGUGGGGCGCACCACGGUCCCUGACAUUUGUGGACACCGGGAGCGCCAUUGCCCGCUUCGUGCCGCUGGGCACCCGCGUCAUGGAGGGCGCCGUUCAGCACGUGAUUGGCACCGGCGAACAAGGAUACAGGCAAAAUGCAGCCAAGACGAACCUGGCGUUGGACAACCCGGAAGGUAUCGCGGCCCACCACUCGACGGUCUUCGUGUCCGACACGGUCAACCACCGCAUCGUCAUGGUGAUAUGCCAGCGAGUGAUCUCAUGA